UGUGAAUGGCUGAUGUCCCCGGGAAGUAAAUAUAAGAAGAAAGGGGGAAAGGAAAACUGAACCAAUUCCAUUGCUUGCAUUCAAUCGAAAAUGGCAGAUAAACAACGGGAUUGGCGGAGGGACGAGAACGAUGAGGAUGAAGAUGGAGAGCAGGAGCUUGAUGAGUCUAACUUCAAGGCGCAGAAAGAUGCGGUGCUGCUAGCCAUUGAAAUCAGUCCAUCAAUGCUUGAGCCUCCUCCUGCUUCUGCCUCCAAAAAGGCGGACCGGGACAGCCCAGUUCAAGCUGCGCUGAAAUGUGCCCACCAUCUGAUGGAGCAGCGCAUCAUCUCCAAUCCUAAAGAUAUGAUGGGCAUCCUCCUUUUCGGGACGGAAAAGACCAAGUUUCGGGAGGAAAAAGAUGGCCGCGGCGGGUUAGGAUACCCGAAUUGCUACCUCUUCACUGACCUCGAUGUUCCUGCGGCCGACGACGUCAAGGCAUUGAAGGCGCUGGUUGAAGAUGAAGAGGACGAAGAGGAGGUGCUAAAGCCGGCCACUACCGAUGUUGUUUCCAUGUCAAACGUGCUCUUCUGCGCCAACCAGAUAUUCACCACAAAGGCUGCCAACUUUGGUAGUCGCCGACUAUUCAUUGUGACCGACAACGAUGAUCCGCAUGCAUCAGAUAAAGCGGCGAGGUCCGCGGCUGCUGUCCGAGCAAAGGAUCUGUACGAUUUGGGUAUUACCAUUGACUUAUUCCCAAUCACCAGAGGAGAGUCAAAGUUUGACCUUGGCAAGUUCUACGAUGAUAUUGUCUAUCGCGAUCCUGGUGCAGAGGCCAAUGGCACUGAAGUCCGGACCUCUAAAUCUGGCGAUGGAUUGUCUCUUCUAAAUUCGCUCAUCUCCAAUAUCAACUCCAAACAGACGCCCAAGAGAGCAUUAUUUCAUCUGCCCUUUGAAAUUGCGCCUGGGCUCCGGAUAACCGUCAAGGGUUACAACAUCGUGCAACGACAAGCACCAGCAAGAACGUGCUACAUCUGGCUUGAUGGGGAAAAAGCCCAGAUUGCAACAGGCGAGACAACAAGAAUUGCAGAAGAUUCUGCGAGAACUGUCGAAAAGCAAGAGAUCAAGAAGGCCUACAAGUUUGGCGGCGAGUAUGUAUAUUUUACACCCGAGGAACAGAAAAACCUCCGGGAUUUCGGCUCGCCCAUUAUUCGGAUUAUCGGAUUCAAGAAGCGCGACAUGAUUCCCGCCUGGGCAAGCGUAAAGAAAUCCACUUUCAUCUUCCCAAGCGAAGAGGAUUACAUUGGGUCCUCACGCGUAUUUUCAGCCCUGUGGCAAAAGCUGCUAAACGACGACAAGAUUGGUCUCGCUUGGUGCGUCCUUCGGUCCAAUGCACAGCCCAUGAUUGCUGCUCUGAUUCCUUCGAGAGAGCAAUCUGAUGAGACUUCUGGGACCCCAUAUCUGCCAGCCGGACUGUGGAUUUAUCCUCUCCCCGCUGCAGAUGACAUGCGAGAGAUCAGUGCCGACCGCAGGAUUGACUGUUCAGAGGAUCUCAAGACAAAAAUGAGAGUGAUUGUGCAGCAGCUCAACCUCCCAAAGGGCAUAUAUAACCCCUUGAAAUACCCGAACCCGGCUCUUCAGUGGCACUACAAGAUCCUGCAGACCCUCGCCUUGGACGAGGAGGUACCGGAGAAGCCCGAAGACUUGACAGAGCCUAAGAAUAAAGCUAUAAGCAAGCGCGCCGGUGGUUAUUUGGAAGACUGGGCAGAGACAUUAAAAGACGAGGCGGAUAGGGCCGUCAGAUCUAGGUCCUUGAAACGAGAGGCGGAAGAUGAGACCUCAGACCGCCCUGCAAAGCAGAGAAAGGCGGCUGCAGAGCGACCCAGCGGAUCGACAUUUAGCAUGGCGCAACUCAAGCUUGCCGUCGAGAGCGAAGGCCUCUCAAAAAUGACAGUGGUGCAGCUAAAGGAUGUUGCCGGCGCAAGGGGGAUCAGCACGAGCGGUAAGAAAGCCGAUUUGGUAGAGCGGAUAGAGCAAUGGGUUGAGGAAAAUAGCUAA